AACCACCCCAGACGCUACGCCUGGCCAGUCCUCAAACCUGAUCCCGAUCGCCACUACUGUGUACCUAGGCUAGCCAAAUGGGAUCCCACCCCCAACACCUGCGAAUUGUGCAGAAGAACUUCGUCCUAUCUCAACCUUUCAAGAGAGAAAACCGCUUAAGUCAAUCCAAAAUCCUGUUCAUCUCUUACUAUCAUCUCGUCCAUCUAUAUUCUGUGUUUCUCCCGGAACACACUCCGCCUCUUGCUGCUGCCGCUGUCUAUACUGUUAUACUCUCGUUUCCUCAAAGACCACAAACCGUGCACGCGCCCGCAAUUACCCCUCGCUCCGUCGUCGCUCCAACAUUUCCCGCUCUCGCCUGCCUGCCUGCCUGCUCCUUAAACACUCGCCAACGCCUCGCCCUGAGCUGCGCUUUUGACCUCUGCGCUCUCCUUUUGGGCUCUCCUUCAUUAAUUCAAAAAGAAAAUAAUCAUCAUCCGUACACAACUAAUAUCAUGGCCGAAUUCAUACGGGCUCAGAUCUUCGGAACUACAUUCGAGAUCACCUCUCGGUAUGCUCUCUUGUGUCGCCGAGCUGCACUGUAGACAGCUCGCCCAAACGCGGCAGCUCUGUUCUGUUAACACGCCGAUAGGUACUCGGACUUACAACCUGUGGGAAUGGGCGCUUUUGGCUUGGUGUGCUCUGCGAAAGAUCAGCUUACCAACCAGAAUGUGGCUGUCAAGAAGAUCAUGAAGCCCUUCAGCACCCCAGUGUUAGCCAAGAGAACAUACCGAGAACUCAAGCUGCUGAAGCACCUACGACACGAAAAUGUUAUUUCGCUCAGCGACAUCUUUAUCUCCCCUCUAGAAGACAUCUACUUCGUCACAGAACUUCUCGGAACAGAUCUGCACAGAUUGUUAACCUCGCGGCCCUUGGAGAAGCAGUUUAUUCAGUACUUUCUCUAUCAGAUUAUGCGCGGGUUGAAAUACGUCCAUUCGGCUGGUGUCGUUCACCGUGACCUAAAACCCAGCAACAUUCUUGUCAACGAGAAUUGCGACCUGAAGAUCUGUGACUUCGGUCUAGCCAGAAUUCAGGACCCUCAGAUGACUGGAUACGUAUCUACGAGAUACUACCGCGCUCCCGAGAUCAUGCUUACCUGGCAGAAGUAUGAUGUCGAGGUCGACAUUUGGAGCGCGGGCUGCAUUUUCGCAGAAAUGCUUGAUGGGAAGCCUUUAUUCCCGGGUAAAGAUCACGUCAAUCAAUUCUCUAUCAUCACUGAAUUGCUCGGUACCCCGCCCGAUGAUGUUAUCAAUACGAUCGCAAGUGAAAACACUUUGAGAUUUGUUAAAUCUCUUCCGAAGCGUGAGCGACAGUCUUUGAAGACCAAAUUUAAGAAUGCUGAUGAUGCUGCUAUCGACCUACUCGAGCGGAUGCUUGUGUUCGACCCUAAGAAGAGAAUCACAGCAGCCGAGGCUUUAGCACAUGAAUACCUGGCUCCGUACCACGAUCCCACUGAUGAGCCAGUCGCUGAAGAGAAAUUCGACUGGAGUUUCAACGACGCUGACCUCCCCGUCGAUACUUGGAAGAUUAUGAUGUACUCGGAGAUUCUAGACUAUCAUAACGUUGAAAACAACCUAGCGCCCGCCGAAUCCCAUUUAAAUGGCAACUGAGCUCUUGCCACUAGACCAAUUCAUGAAAGAGACGAUAUACUUCACAACUAAUACCACACCCCGGUCAAUCACGCUUUACACGUUCUUACUGAAAAGGUUGGUUUGGGGCUUGUUUUUCGGAGUUUCGAGAGGGAAUGAUAGGUUUCGAUUGUCUUCGCUGAAUGAUCAUACUGGCUAUCAGGGCUGAGUGGGGAUAAGGGUUCAAGAAAAUUCACAAUAGUGAACAAGGGAGCAUUGUACGUACGAGGCAUUGAAUAGCGAAGUAGAGGAUGCUCAAUGAUAUUUCGGCGCAUGGGUCUACGGUGGACGAACUAUACGAGCGGUUAUAUACCAGUAUGUUUCCUCCUUCUUAGGUGGAAACUACCUAGUCAUGUACAACGCCAAAGGCUUUCCGUGACGGUGUCAGAUGUAUUGUUUGUGUCAAAGCUGCAUACUGCCGUAUGGUCUGCGAUAACCUCGAAGAAGAGUGACAAUAUAUAGUAAACAAUGCCCUCUCCGUAAGCA